CGUAGAAUCGCCUUGACUUUCGCUCUUUCUUUCGUUCUGAAAAAAGCACUUCAAUUUAUAUAGUCUGUUCCGUUAUACUUGUGAGCCAUAAAUCACUUGCUGUCACACUAUUGGUCUUUGGACUUUGAAUUUCGUGCGCGAUGGAAACUAAGGUUGUGCCAAUUGUUCCUCUUGGUGAAGUUUUCCAUGGCAUUGCGGCGCCCAACGACACGAAACCUGCUCAUCACACCAUAACUGUGCACUUGCCAACAUGGAACUUGAUGCUCGAAUUUGUAAAGAAAGACCCGGCUUUUUUCGCCAAGUUCGUAGAUUUCUAUCCACGGUUCAUACCUCAUAGGGAUAUCAAGCAGCUCGUCGGUUUAAUAUUGAAUUUCAUCAAAACGGAAAACACUAUGGGAUUACCUUAUCCAAGUCUGAAGGUUGCGAAAAAAAGUGUCGAGUUUGUAACCGCAAACCCCAGAACAGAUAAUGUGGAUUCAGUGCCAAAGGAAGAAAUAUCAAUUAGAGCAUUCGAAAUGAACGGCUUACGGAUGUAUGUAGUGCUUUUCCCUCUACCCAGGCAGCCACUAGUGCUUCCAUGGUGGCAAAACACGGGCACUGGAAUUUCCUCUCGCUUUGCAGAAGAUGCACUCGAAGAUCCAUCAUCCCUGAAAGAAGUCGACCCUGAAAGCCCAAGGUUGCAGUGGAAUCAAGAACCAAUUCAAGCUUUGACUAAGCGAAUUGUCGAUCUGAUUGAACGUGAACCGAUAGUUGGUCCAUUGAGAAAGACAAAAGUUCAACCCAGCGACGUGUAUCUAUAUACAAGCGGAAUGACUGCUAUAUGGGCUGUUCAUGAUUGCCUACUUCAAUGGAAGUAUAACAAAUGCCCGACAGUCUUGUUUGGACUUGCAUUUCACCAAACAAUUCACAUUUUCGAGCAUUUUGGACCUGAAAUCAAGAACCUUCCUCUAGCAACAGAGUAUGACGAGCUCGAACAGUAUCUAACAAUGCAAGCUGAGAAGGGAAGGCCUGUCCAGGCUGUUUGGGUAGAAUUCCCGAGCAAUCCAAUCCUUGUUUCCGCAGAUCUGUGGAAGCUGCGAUCUAUAUGCGACAAGCAUAAAGCUGUUCUUGUGGUGGACGAGACGAUCUCCGGGUUUUGCAAUGUUGACGUCGUCCCGGUUGCGGACGUGAUUGUCACUUCUCUCACAAAGACUUUUAACGGAUACGCAGACGCUAUAGCCGGAAGCGCAGUGUUAAACCCAAACUCUAGCUUUUAUGCCGAACUCAAACCAAUUUUUGACGAAAUCUAUGGCAAUGACCUAUACGCGCGCGAUGCACAGAUUAUACUCGACAACAACCAAGACUACUUCCCUCGCUCCACAACAUACAAUAACAACGCUGCUAUGCUUGCUGAUUACUUUUACGAGGAGUCCAAAGAUCCAAACUCUCCAGUGGCCAAAGUCUACUAUCCGAGUGUAAGCCCCACCAAAGCUAACUAUGAUGCCUUCAUGCGCCCAGCAACCAAAGACUUUAAGCCUGGUUACGGAUGUCUUCUUUCGGUGGAAUUUGAUUGCGAAGAAACGACGAUCGCCUUCUACGACAACCUCAAGGUGAAUGAUGGCCCGCAUCUUGGUGCGCAUAGGACACUGGCUCUACCAUACGUUCGGGCCCUGUAUGAAGACCACUUGGAAGAAGUCGCGUCAAUGGGAUUGAAAAAAGAGCAAAUAAGAAUUAGCGCGGGUCUCGAACCUGCAGAUGAGUUGUUGGAAACAUUCAAAUUUGCCGUGAAGAGGGCCAGUGAGGUCAGGUCAAAGCGAGAUUAAGCAGCUUCGAAGGAACAGAUGUUAUAUAUUAAUACAGAGGAUCUACAGAAGUAUUGCCCAUUUUGUCUCGUACAUGUCGCUCUUUGAAAUGCC